UUUAGAUUUUAUAGUUGCAUUUUGAACCAUUUAGUAAAAGCCCUGAUCCUGUAGUGUCUGUCCGUCUGAACAGACGAGACACCAGGCAGAGAAUAAAUAACGCUCUCUGUUGGAAAUCUGCGGGAUUUAAUCAGCCUCAUUUAAAGUGUUAGGUGAAGGUUUAGGUCCAUAUUUACUGAGUUAUUUAAUUCCACAAUUGAUAAAUAUCAUUCACACAGUUGACUAAUUCGGUUUUUUCAUUACAUCUAAAGGGCGCCAUUAGAAUAGCGUUAGUUUGGAGGCCGUUAAAUCUGCAUGGACUUGAGCAGCUGCAGCUCUUAGAACUGGGGAGGGAAAAUCACUUUGCAGACAUCUUCGGUUCAUUUUACGCCAAGUUAUCUUACUGAUUUAAAACUACAGCUAAAUUAGCAGGAAAGAUGCGAGAGGCCUGUGUGAGGACUGUAUCUCAUCGUCAAGCUAGUCAACUUCUCCAUAACAAGUUUAUUGUCGUACUGGGAGACUCCAUUCAGCGAUCUGUGUACAAAGACUUGGUGUUGCUUUUGCAAAGAGACUCGUAUCUGUCAUUUUCCCAGCUCAAAAGCAAGGGAGAGCUGUCCUUUGAACAAGACUGUCUAGUAGAGGGUGGAAGACUAGGUCAUAUGAACAAUGGCACAGAGUACCGAGAGGUUCGUCAGUAUCGUACGGACCAUCAUCUGGUCCGGUUCUACUUCAUCACACGGGUCUUCUCUCACUACAUGAAGAGCAUCCUUGCUGACUUCAAACAUGAUCUGAAGCCAGAUGUGGUCAUAGUCAACUCCUGUGUUUGGGAUGUAUCAAGAUACAAUCGUAAUUGGGUCCCAGAGUACAAGGAGAACCUAAAUAAGUUCUUUAUGGAGCUGAAGGCUGUUCUGCCAGAGGAAAGUCUUGUGGUUUGGAACAUGACUAUGCCUCUGGGCAAGAGGAUCACUGGAGGAUUUCUGGUGCCUGAGAUUAAGGAUAUGGGCCCGACUCUUCGCUAUGAUGUGAUUGAGGCAAACUUCUAUGGUGCAACGCUGGCAGAUGCAUACGGGCUAGACGUUCUAGACCUUCACUUUGUCUUCCGGUUUAGCCUCCAGCACCGCAUAAAUGAUGGGAUUCACUGGAAUGCUUUCGCUCAUCGUCAGAUCACAUGCUUGCUGCUGGCUCAUGCUGCUCAGGCCUGGGGUGUAGAGCUGCCCAACCCUGUAGCCCCAGAUCAGAGUAAGACAUGGUUGCUGGAUUACAAGCAGACUCCAAGUGAAAGCUACUACAAGCCAGCAGGAUCCAUGAGAGAUUCUGGUCAUUAUGGAGCACCAUCUUGGCAACAACAGCUGCAGUAUGAUGGCUUUGGACCCCAUUUUUAUGAAGAUAGUUUACCUACACUCUCUCAGUUCAGCACUAGUUACUUCAGCUUUGAGAACAAAACAAGUGAUCGUGGUGGGAACUACAACAUCCGCUGUGAUGGUAAUGGCAGAACUGCUCCUGCUGCCCCCUCCUGGCCAGGGAACAACUUUGUGAUGAAGCAAAAACACACGAAGCACCAGUAUAACCCAUACACUCGGCAUAAUCCUAGAUACUGAAAACAAGCAACUUUGUGAUUUGAUGGCUGAAACAUACUGAUGUUCUUCAAAUCUUUCGUCAGAUGGA